AUGCAUCGACACGUAGCGCAAGGUAGGGAGAACGCACUUGGACCACCCCACCCAGACGUCUUACUAGGUGUUGUUGGACUAGCUGUGGCGCUUCUUUCUGAGGGAAAGUAUGAAGAGGCUAAGCUCAUGUAUCGACAUGCCCUAAUGGCUAUGGAAAAGUCUCUGGGGCCUGAUCAUCCAGAUGUCCUCGACAGCACGAAUAUGCUCGGAGAAACACUGCUCGAACUGGAAAGGUAUUACGAAGCGGAGGCCAUGUGGCGAUGCGCAUUGGCGAGUAGAGAGAAAACUCUAGGAGUGGAUCAUGCAGCUACCCUUACAAGCGCCGAUAGCCUUGGUCGGACACUGUAUCAUCAGAGAAAGUACGAAGAGGCUGAGAGGGUGUUUCAAUCUGUGCAGGCGGGCAGAAAAAAAGUGCUCGGACUGUACCAUCCAGAUACUCUACUGAGUGUCCUUCGCCUAGGUGUGACGCUACUUGAUCGGAGAAAGUAUGCGGAAGCUGAGAUCAUGUAUCGGCAUGCCCUAGAGGGUAUGGAGCAAGCUCUAGGGCCCGAUCACCCAGAGGUCCUUGACAGCAUGAAUACGUUAGGCGAGACGCUACUUGAUCUGAAAAAGUAUGGUGAAGCGGAAGCUAUGUGUCGGCGUGCCUCGGCAGGUAGAGAGAACACCCUUGGACCAGAUCAUCGAGAUACCCUUCUAAGUCUCAAUAAUCUUGGCCUGGCACUACGUAAACAGAAUAAGCACCACGAAGCGGAGAUUAGUUAUCGCCGUGCGAUGAUGGGUACGGAGAGGACGCUUGGGCUGGACCACCGGGAUACCCUAAUGUGUAUCUAUAACCUGGCUGGAGCGUUGCACAAACAGAGAAAGUAUGACGAGGCGGAGAUGGUGCAUCGGCGUGCGCUUGCGGGACGAGAGAAGAUUCUUGGGUUAGGUCAUCGACACACCCUUCGUAGCCUCAUCAAGCUAGGCACAGUACUUUACGAGAAGAGAGAAUACGAUGAAGCGGAGGUUAUUUAUCGACGAGCCGUCGCGGAAGCAGAGAGAAUUCUAGGGCCUGGUCAUCCUGUGACCCAAAAAGCUUUUAGCCACCUCUCGAUGUUUCUCUAUAUACGGGCGGCGAUCGAUCCGGGCGAAGCAUUAUGACGGAUGAGGGGUUUAGGUUUACUUAUGGAUGAAAUUAUAUCAUAAUAUUAUUGGCAAUUUUUUCUACAUCUUAGUUUUUCUCUGUUUCUUUCGAAAUAUGGAGCUUUCUUAACGUCGAGUUCUCUUGCUUCAUACGGAGGUGUUGAAUGGUUUACUUUUUUUGAUUGGAGUUAAAUUAGCUUCAUAAUCAGGGAUUCAGAGAUUUGUUCUUU